CUCUUCUUCUUCUUCUUCUUCUUCCCCCUCACCCCCGCCCGCAAACCCUCUCCGGAGUAUACACUACAUCUUCUUUUUCUGGGAAAUAUUAUCCCUUCGCCUUCUGGUUCUGUUGCCUGUUCCUAUUUGUACCUGAUCGUGGUUCAGGUUUGUCUGGUCUACGUACGAUUUACGUUUCAGACGGACAAGGGUCCUGCUAAUAUCAUAUUAAAUAACACCUCUUCGUUUCUGUCGAAGUUCCGUCCUUUGAUUCUUUCAUCAGACGAGCACUACCCCCCUCCGCCAAAUUAUUAUUAUUAUUUUUCUAGACGACUUGGAAAAUUAGUUUGGGGGAGACAGUCCGCCGAUUUCCCACGGCACACCAGAUGGCCGGCUACGGACGGUCACCAAGCGAUCGAGACAACCUCACAUCGGCGGCUCCAGAGCAUGGUCAAGGCCAAGGCUACCUGGCACACACGCAGUCAAUGCGGACGAACUACACAGCAACGCCGGGGAUGGACAAUUUAGGGCCGACGGCCGUGGGAGGCGGUAUUAGUGGUAUCGCCCUGGGCGUUGCUAACACCCAUGACCGUCAGAGUGGCGUUGACGCUUUCAGGGAAACAGACGCACCGAUAAGCUAUCUCCCCGCGGAACGAGGCUAUCACACCACUGGCUCCGAUAAUCCAUAUGUCCCUGCGCCACCGAGUAUCGGGGGGCCGGAUGCGAGUACGGACGCCCUGCGGCAUCAUGAUCCGUACGGGUCGAAUGCGGCGUUGGGCGCCACAGCGGCGCCUCUAGGCCACUGGACUCCGGAGAACUCGUCUCAGCGCAGUUUCUUCGAGAAUCCCUAUGCGGGUGCUGGGGCACAUAAUGCGGGCCCCUACCAGCGGAAUUCGGCUUACAGUGCUCAUGACUAUCCAAUGGACAUCAACCCCGACGAGAUCGUUGACGACGGGGACGACGGCUUUGCCACCCCAGCAGCUAAGAAGUCUGGAGCAGCAGCCGCUGGGGCUACUUCUGGGGGGAUUCUUGGAGGCUUCUUCAAGACCAAGACCGCUGCUGGUGUUUCUUACGGGCCGGUUCCGGGGGCAACACUCGAGGCGGCGGAGAAAGGCCAGCAUGCGAAGCCUUCUGGUGGGAGUCGAAAACGCGGAUGGAUCGCUGGGAUCAUUCUCGCCUUGAUUGUCGUGGGAGCCAUCGUGGGAGGGGCUGUUGGCGGAACCCUAGGCCACCAUGAUCGCGCCGACAGCACCAGUCCGAAUUCAUCGGCGACAAGUGACACGAGUACGAAUGGCGAUCUCGACAAGAAUUCCAAGGAAAUCCAGGCCUUGAUGAAUAUGGAGGGUCUGCAUAAAGUAUUCCCCGGAGUUGACUAUACCCCCUGGGGCGUUCAAUAUCCAUUGUGCUUAAAAUACCCACCCUCUCAGAACAACGUCACUCGCGACCUGGCUGUCCUUUCCAAACUCACCAACACAAUUCGUCUCUACGGUACCGACUGCAACCAGACAGAGAUGGUACUACACGCCAUUGACCGCCUGGGGCUGACGGACAUGAAGGUCUGGCUGGGCGUCUGGAUCGACACCAAUACCACCACAAACGAUCGGCAACUCAAUCAACUGUACACCAUUCUCGAUAAUGCUACAGACAGGUCUAUCUUCAAAGGCGCUAUUAUCGGCAAUGAGGCUCUUUACCGUGCGGGUGAUACCAUAGACACUGCCCGGCAAAACCUCAUCAGCUACAUAAAAGGGGUCAAGAGCCAUUUCCAGAAAAACAGCAUUGAUCUCCCAGUCGCCACCUCGGAUCUGGGCGACAACUGGGAUUCAGAGCUGACUAGGGUGUCCGAUCUCGUCAUGUCGAACAUCCACCCCUUCUUUGCAGGUGUCACUGCGAAGGCUGCUGCCAGCUGGACCUGGUCUUUCUGGCAGAACCACGACGUGGUUCUAACCGAGGGUACAAGCAAAGCAAACGUCAUCUCUGAAGUAGGAUGGCCGAGCGGCGGGGGAAACGAUUGCGGCGACGGUGCGAACUGCGCUGAUACUACAUCUGGCUCUGUUGCUGGUGUUGACGAGAUGAACACGUUCAUGUCUAACUGGGUGUGUCAGGCUCUGGCGAAUGGAACUGAGUAUUUCUGGUUCGAGGCGUUCGACGAACCAUGGAAAGUCGAGUUUAACUCUGGCAAGGAGCAGUGGGAAGAUAAAUGGGGUCUCCUGGACUCAGCACGCAAGCUAAAAGACGGCAUCAAGAUCCCCGACUGCGAUGGGAAAACUGCAUCAUAGCCAAUAUGACGGCUACGUUAUCUGACCCCGUUUCCAUUUAUCUGGAUUUUGUAAUAGGUAACUGUUGGGGCGGGGGGUUUUUUUUUCUAGCUCUUUUUCUGUAUACACGAUUUUUUGACGUAUAGCAUGUUUGAUGAAAAUGCUUUCUUUUUUUUUUUUUUUUCUUAUCUAUCAUGGGUUGC